AUGAUGCAAGGACUGAAAAACCGAACCAGGAAAGCCCUGGGCUUACGAAAGAGAGACAAGGAUACAGAUGCAACGAGUUCACCAGACAAAGAAGGAACUGGAAGCGGAAAGAAAGGAAAUAAAAAGGCCAAUGGAGCACCAAAUGGUUUCUAUGGGGAGAUAGAUUGGGACAGAUAUGCCUCUCCUGACGUGGAUGAGGAGGGCUUCAGCCUCCGGCCCGGUGAAGAGGGCGAUGCAGCCUCCAGAGGGAAGCACUUUUUCUCCUCCAGCGACUCCGAGGAGGACGAGGACAGCAAGCAGAAGUUCAAAAUUAAGAUCAAGCCGCUGGUGGCGGACAGCGCCAAGUGUGUCCCUCCAUCUAUGGAUGAGCUAAAAGCCUCAGUGGGAGGCCUAGCACUCUCUCCGUCUCUGAAAAGAAGUCCGAGACGCAGCCCGGGGCAGAUGAAAAGGAAUUUGUCCUGUGAAGAGAUUGCCAGACCCAGACGCUCGACCCCAACACCAAGUCCGGCCCCUGAGACGCCAAGUGACAGACUGUCGCAGAACGUUCCCGCUUUUUUUGGGCUGCAGUCAGCGACCAAAUAUGCCAGAUAUGAUGUGGUCCCUGCUGAGGCAUGGGGAGAAUCAGGACCUCGCUCAGAAUCACCACUGAGCAGAAGCUUCCCAACAGGAGCUCCUCCUCCGCUUCCUCCAAAAAACAUUCCAUCAAGAAGUCAUUAUGGCUCUUCUCCAGAAUCUGCUGUUAAUCUACCCAAUGGAAGGGCAGCUCGCCGGUCGGCCCCCAUCUACCUGAACAUCCUGUCUCCCGCUUCCUACCGAGGCUCCCCGACCCCUGACCUGGACGACGUGUUUGGCCCCACGGAUGGCACCCGUGCCGACGAGGAAACGAUGUCUCCCAGAUGGGUGACUUUCACCACUGACAGACCCCCGCCGCCUGAUGAACCCGCACCUCCUCCGCCACCGGACUCUCCUGCUCCAGACACGCCCUCGUCGACCCCCUCCACCCCCUGCCUCUCUCCAGGACCACCGCCAGAUGAGCCCCCACCUUCGCCUCCCUCGCUUUCACCCGGGUCUCCUCCUCCUUUCACGCCACCAGAAUCACCUCCCUCCAUCGUGCUCGGACCUCCUCCUCCGGAUGAACCAGCCCCUCCCCUGCCUCCCAACUUCUCCCCCUCUAAUUCGCCUCCUCUAUGCUUCAGCGACGAGGGGAUCGAUGAGGAGGUGCUGCAAUAUGCAGCGUACUCUUCGUCUCCUGUCCCCAUCAGCCCCGUGCCCCCUCUGCCAGCAGAGCGGAGGUCUCCUCGAGCAGGAGUCAUAUCUCCUCUGGUGCUGGGGGGCAUGGGGGGAAAGAGGACUCCAGAGGGAGCGUACCUGAGAGAUGAUAUCCCGGACUUUGUGGGUUCACCUAGAGAGCUGACGCCGAGUUUCAGGGGCACGCCACCUCCUCUCCCUCCAACCAUGUACAGGUCUAUUAUGUCUUCCCCGGGGCCCUACUCAGGCAGCAGCCCGUCGUCCCCAGCUCGUCCCGCCACGCCUCAGUCUCGAGGCAGUCCGGUUCCUCCUCCUCCUCCUCCUCGACCGUCCUCGCGACCAAAGCUGCCCCCAGGGAAACCAAUCUCAGACCCGACUCGGCCCUUCAGUCCGCCGGUUUCAGGCAGCCCCCCACCUUUCGCCCCCCUGGCCCGGGCCGAGAGCUCGUCCUCCAUCUCCUCCGUUACUUUACACAGUGCAGCGUCCACUCCAACCUUAGGAAGGGACCUCAACUUGUCCGCCGCAGGAUGCUCCAGAGGACCCAGUCCACUCACCAUGGGACCCCAGGACACUCUGCCAGUCGCAGCUGCCUUCACAGAAACCAUCAAUGCCUACUUCAAAGGCGCAGACCCCAGCAAAUGUGUUGUGAAGAUCUCAGGGGAGAUGGUGCUGUCCUUCCCCGCGGGCAUAACCAGGCAUUUUGCCAGCCACCCAACUCAACCCAUCCUCACCUUUUGCAUCAGCAACUACAGCCGACUGGAGCAGGUCCUCCCCAAUCCACAGCUGUUGUGCUGUGACUCCAUAACAGACGGUGUAGACACAAAGGAGUUCUGGGUAAAUAUGCCAAACUUGAUGAGCCAUCUGAAAAGAGUGGCUGAACAGAAGCCUCAGGCGACAUACUACAACGUGGACAUGAUCAAAUAUCAGGUGUCAACAGAGGGGAUCCAGUCCACUCCUCUGAACCUGGCGGUGAGCUGGCGAGGUGAUGCCACAAGCACAGACCUUAGAAUAGACUACAAAUACAACACAGAGGCCAUGGCCGCCCCCGUGCCACUACACAACAUCCAGUUCCUGGUUCCUGUGGAUGGAGGCAUGGCCAAACUCCAGGCCAUGAUCCCCCCCGCCACCUGGAAUGCAGAGCAGCAGACGAUACAGUGGAAAAUCCCAAGUCUCUCUCAUAGAUCUGAAAAUGGAGGAGUAGGGGCUCUUCUGGGCCGGUUCCAGAUCACAGAAGGUCCCUGUAAACCCUCACAGCUGGCAGUCCAGUUCAGCAGUGAGGGGUGCACACUGUCGGGGUGCGACAUCCAGCUAGUUGGGACCGGCUACCGGCUAUCGCUGAUCAAGAAGAGAUUUGCUGCAGGGAAAUACUUGGCGGAUAAUUAGUGGACCUUUUUGUGAACGGAACCAAAAGAAUCAUUGGCUUAAGACUGUGAAGACUAUGGAUCCAUCCCAUGUUUAGUGCAUUUGAAACGUUAUCUU